AUGAAUCUAAAAGAUCUUGCUCCAGAUGAACGUAUGAAAAUUGCCACCCUGUUAGCUGAGAAAAAUAGUGCCAAGGAUAAUUCAUGGAUGUAUGAGAAACCAAAAGAGAAUCCAGAAGUAUUUCUGUUAGGCAAACAGGUGAAAAGUUUAGAUGAAAUUCAAGAAAUUAGUAAAGAUUAUGAAGAGUCACCAGCUCAACGAUUGGCUAGAUUCGAUAUGGAGGCGAAAUUCCGUGAAGAUCCUUUAACAAUUAUGAAACAGAGAGAGGCAGAAAAACGCAUGGAAUUGUUACAUAACACAGCUAAGGUGAAAAAGUUAAGGAGACUUUUAACAGAACAAAAAUUACGUCAAGAGAAACAGAAAGGAAUACGUAAACACUCGAAACACAAAAAACGCAAACAUAAAAAACGUUCCAGAACCUCAUCGAAAUCAGAUAAUGAAAGUAGAAGUCGGAGUAAAAGCAGUAGCAGUUCAGAUGAUGAAUUAUUAAAUAAAUUUAUUAAAAUUAUUCGUCAGUCAGAUAAAUUAGAAAAUGAACAGACUUCUGGUUCAUUGAAAUCUGUUGGUGAUGGCCAGCCUGCAUGUCAAACACCACCAUCACCACAAUCACCGCCAUCAUCUAAACAAUCAUCCAGUUCCCAUGGUAAUCGUAGUCAUCAUCAGCAUCCUAAUCCUUCACGACGUGAUCAGACUAGCUAUUCAUCUAGACAGCAUACAUAUUCUUCGAAAAGAUAUGAUCGUAAUGAGGAAUCAGAUAUAUCGAGAUCAAAAUUACAUAAUAAUAACAAUAGUGAUAAAAAGCCGGAUCACUUCAAGUCGUCAUCAUCAACAUCAGCAGGAGCAACAACAUCCAGUCGAUCAAAGUUAUCAAAAGAAGAAAUUGAAGCGAAACGUUUACAAAUGAUGCUUGAUGCUAAAGAACACGAGAAAGAGCGUAUCCAUCGAGCCACAAAACACUAUGAAAAAAAGAAAGUUGAAGAAGAAAAUGAAAUGGUGGCAAAAUUUUCACAUGGACCAUCAUUUAUUGGCCACCUGAAAAAUCGACAUGUUGAUUUAACUACAGUGGAAGAAAGUGUACAUCGUAAAGCCAGUAGUCGUCAACGUGGAGAUUUACAUGAUAAUUUUUUAAAACGUUAA